CUUUCUAGAAACUUGCUCUCUGGGAGUUAUGGGAAGUGUGCCCCGGAUGCCUGUGAGUGAUGCUCAUUGGGAGGCGUCCCACCAGAAGCACCAAUCUGGUAAGGCUCAAGGGAGGCAGAAGGCAGGGAAGCUGCCGGCCACCGCGGGCCCCGCCCCAGCCGAACACUGGGAGCCUGUUGGGGGGGCCAGAGUCCCGAAGUGAAGCCUCGUGCACUGCGAGACCGCCGGCGCCAACCGGAAGAACCGGGAAGCGUGGCGUCCCCGCCCUUCGCUAACUCUAACCCUCUUUACGCGCAGCCUUCGGUAUCGGCAGUACGGCGGACAUAGGCAGAGGAACGCGGAACCUCACACAGCGGAAUCAAAGGGUGAAUUUGGAGCUGACGGGCAAAAACAUCUUAUAGUAUGUUUGUCUGGCUUUGAUAUCAGGAUGCCGGUUUCUCCACUUCAAACGAGUCAGCCAACUCCACCUGGAAAACGUCACACUGUUGGCUCUGUGCUUACAAAUGAUGGCCAGCAAAUGAGGAGUGACAAAGUAAAUCAGGCUGCAAGAAGGCAUCGAAGGAAAAGGAGUCGUUCCAGAAAAUCCAAGAGACGCUAUUAUUCUACGACAAGGCAGGAUGCUAGCGUCACUCACAAUGUCUGUGAAGAAAAGGUUAAAAAUGGCCAACCAACACCCGAUAAUGUCUUUCCAACUGUUCCAUCAGCGCUUAUUAAUAUGACAGCAGCUGGUAUUUCAUCCCUGGGUUUCAGCGAUCAGUAUGCUGCGGUGACUCAUAACGUCCAUGAAGAGAAGAUGAAUAACGGCCAACCAGCACCUCAUACCGUCUUUUCAACUGCUCCACCAGGUCUUGGUAAUUUGGCAGCCCCUAGAAUUUCAUCCACGAGGACCAGAGAUCUGUAUGCUACUGUCACUCAAAAUGUCCAUGAACAGAAGAUGGAAAAUGGCCAACCCCAAACUGAUAAAGUCUUGUCAACUGUUCCACUAUGCCUUUGUCAUAUGACUGCAGCUGGUAUUCCAUCCAUGAGUAUCAGGGAUCUGUAUUCUACUGUUACUCAGAAUGUCUGUGAAGAGAAGAUAAAAAAUGAACAAAUGGCACCUGAUAGAUUCUUGUCAACCGUUAUAGAAGGGCUUAUAAAUUUCGCAGGGGCUGGUAUUCCAACCCUGAGUACUGGGGAUCAGCAUGCUACCGUCACUCACAAUAUCAAUGAAGAGAGAAUGAAAAAUGGCCAGCCCCAACCUGACGCUACCAUCACUCACAGCGUCCAUGAACAGAAGAUGGAAUAUGUCCAACCAGCACCUGACAACGUGUUGUUGACACUUCAGCCAGGACUUAUUAAUAUGGCAGCCACUGGUAUUUCAUCCAUGAGUACCAGGGAUCUGGGUGCUACCAAAACUUAUAAUGUCCUUAAGGAGAAGAUGGAAAAGGGCGAACCCCAACAUGGCAACAUCUCAUCAACUGCUUUAAUAGGACUUACUAAUGUGGCAGGAGCUGCUAUUCCAGCCAUGAGUACUGAUGGUCUGUAUGCCACCGUCAGUCACAAUGUCCAUGAACAGAGGACGGAAAAUGACCAACCGCAACAGGAAAACGUCUGGCCAAAUAUUCUCGCAUGGUUUUUUAAUAUGGCAGGAGCUGGUAUUCCAGCAAUGAGUACCAGGGAUCUGUAUGAUACCAUCUCUCACAAUGUACAUGAAGAGAAGAUGGAAAAUGGCCCAUCCCAAACUGAUGCUACCAGCAUUCAAAAUGUCUGCAAAGAGAAGAUGGAAAAUAACCAACCAACACCUAAUAAUAUCUUGUCAACUGUUCUUCAAGGACUUCCUUAUUUGGCAACAGCUGGUCUCCCAGCCAUGAGCACCAGGGAUCAGUAUGCUGCAGUCACUCACAAUGUCCGUGAAGCCAAGAUAAAUAACGGCCAACUAGCACCUGACAACGUCUUGUCAGCUGCUCCACCAGGUCUUGGUAAUAUGGCAGCAGCUGGAAUUUCAUCCACGUGGACCACAGAUGCUACCAUCACUCAAAAUGUCCGCAAAGAGAAGAUGGAAAAUAACCAACCAACACCUAAUAAUGUCUUGUCAACUGUUCUCCAAGGACUUCCUUAUUUGGCAACAGCUGGUCUCCCAGCCAUGAGCACCAGGGAUCAGUAUGCUGCGGUUACUCACAACGUCCGUGAAGCGAAGAUAAAUAAUGGUCAAGUACCACCUGAGAACAUCUUGUCAACUGCUCCACCAGGGCUUGGUAAUUUGGCAGCUGCUGGAAUUUCAUCCACGAGGAGCAGAGAUCUAUAUGCUACCAUCACUCAAAAUGUCCUCAAAGAUAAGAUGGAAAAUAACCAACCAACACCUAAUAAUGUAUUGUCAACUGUUCUCCAAGGACUUCCUUAUUUGGCAACGGCUGGUCUCCCAGCCAUGAGCACCAGGGAUCAGUAUGCUGCCGUCACUCACAAUGUCCGUGAAGCGAAGAUAAAUAACGGCCAACUAGCACCUGACAACGUCUUGUCAGCUGCUCCACCAGGUCUUGGUAAUGUGGCAGCGGCUGGAAUGUCAUCCACGAGAACCACAGAUGCUACCGUCACUCAAAAUGUCCGCAAAGAGAAGAUGGAAAAUAACCAACCAACACUUAAUAACAUCUUGUCAACUGUUCUCCAAGGACUUCCUUAUUUGGCAACAGCUGGUCUCCCAGCGAUGAGCACCAGGGAUCAGUAUGCUGCAGUCACUCACAAUAUCCGUGAAGUAAAGAUAAAUAACAUCCAACUAGCACCUGACAACGUGUUGUCAGCUGCUCCACCAGGUCUUGGUAAUAUGGCAGCAGCUGGAAUUUCAUCCAGGAGGACUGGAGAUGCUACCAUCACUCAAAAUGUCCACAAAGAGAACAUGGAAAACAAGCAACCAACACCUAAUAACGUCUUGUCAACUGUUCUCCAAGGACCUCCUUAUUUGGCAACAGCUGGUCUCCCAGCCAUGAGCACCAGGGAUCAGUGUAUGUUUGCUUAUUCAUUUGGACUAUCCUACUUGGUUUUCAUAGGCAUGCCUAGUGUCCUGAAAGGGAGAAGGUGAUUUUGUUGUAUUAUA